UUCGUAGUCGUAUAAAUGCUUUGACCGCGUUGCAACACAAAGUAUCUCAGUCGAGGUUAAGCUCUCAAGACGAUCAGAUCUGAAGAAGAAUUCUUGUCGAACCGUUUGAAUACAACGUUGCUGAGAAGAUGGCAAAAUUAAUGCUGUACGUCUUUAUAACGUUGCUAUCUGUCACUCUUAUCAUGGCCGCUACUAUAAGCCCAACCGAUAAGCCCAACUGCGGUCGACACGGUGACCCUUGCGUUUCUGCUUCGCAAUGCUGCAGCAAUAUGAGAUGUCACCGUUACGCAAAUAGAUGUCAAGUCAUAAUUACCGAGGAAGAAUUAAUGGCACAACGUGAGAAGAUUUUGGGCCGAAGAGGCAAAGAUUAUUAGAAUGGUUAAGUUUUCUAUACCUCGGAAUAUUAUAAUGGACGAUGAUCUUAUUAAUUUACCAUGACUCUGAUCUAAAAACUGUGUUUUGAGAAAUUAAAUAUUAAUAUACAAUACUGAAUUUCUGUAAUAAUCAGAAAAUUAAUAUAAUACAUAUUAUA